AUGGCAUCAGAUGGAAAGAGAAAGGAGGCAGAUGCUGCCAUGAAGGAGGGUGACAAACUGAUUACAAAGACAUUGUUUAGAUGGAAGCCUGAUUGGAUGGCCGCCCAAUCUUAUUAUGAAACAGCAGCUAAAUACUAUCGAACUGCCAAGGUCUAUGACUUGGCCAAGUAUUGCUUCAAGCAACUGUCAGUCUGUCAAGUAAACUCCGAUGUCUUCUACCUUGCUGCAAAGAGUAUUGAAUCAGCCUCUGCAAUGGCAAAAGAGACAGGAAACAUACAAGAGACGACAGACUUGUUGAUAGAGGCGAGCAAACUUUAUAGAACAAACGGCAACUCAUACGCUGCUGCUGAUGCAAUGGCCAAGGCUGCAAAGAUGUUGGAGGACACUGACCUAAAGAGAGCAAUUGAGUUAUUGAACGAUUGUUGCGAGUUGUUUGAGUUGGAUGACAAGGAACAUUACUCUGGCGAUACUUUCAAGAGCACUAUAUCAUUGUUGUUGAAGCAUAAGAUGUAUGCAGAGACUGUUGACCUCUUGCUCGUUCAAAACAGAGUGUUUGUCAAGUUGAGCCAGACACACGAUCUUCACAAGUCAUGCCUCGGCGCAAUCGUCAUCAACCUUGCAAUGGACGAUGUAAUCAGUGCCAAGAGAAGAUACGAAGAGUUCUUGAUCCAAGAGGGCACUAAUGCUCUUGAGCUUAUUCAUGCCUUUGAGAACAAUGAUAAUGAGGCAGUCAAGAAGAUCUCGUCGCGACCAUUGUUCAACUUCUUGGAUAAUCAGAUUGCAAAGAUCGCCAAGAACCUGGCAGUGGCAGACUCUGUGACUGGUGCCGUUGGAAAGGAAGAGAGUGUACUCUAA